AUGCCCUCUGCUGCCUCCACCACUGUGCCUUCCCUUGGCCUUGCUCAGCCCUCUCCCCCAGAGAUUUCUCUCCUGCCCCAGAUCUAUGCACAAGCUCACCCCUCUCCUUCCCUUCUUAGCCCAUCCCUUCCAGAUCUUAGACUCCUCACGGGUCCUUCUGGUCUGCCUCAGUGCCAGCCACAGACGGCAUGGUGGGGGGUGGGCUGCCUUUGGGGACAGAGACUGCACAGUGAAAGGCCAAGGACCAGUGAGCCCCACCCCACUCUGGUGAGCCUUGGGGCAGAGGUAGAGGGUCUCUAG